GAUCCGGACAAUAUCGGGCAUUGCUCUUGAGAAAUCCUACGCGAUUAGCUAUAGAGCAUUUAACACGAAUGUUUUAAAUCCAGUGGGAGAUUUUUGAAUGGUUCAAAGCACAAAUCUUUUAUGUAAGCGCAUUUCCGCGAAGGAAUCCUUUCCAAUGACGGCUUCGCCUGAGGUGUCGUUGUAGUUCUGCGUUCGCAACGUCACCUGCCAUCUACGUACCUUUUGCCUUAUUAAAAGCGCUCUCUUGGGUGAUAAGUCCCAAUUAAAAGUAAAUGUUUCCAUUUCAUAAUGCAAAUAAAAGGUUUAAAAGCAAGUAAAUUCUUCUAUCUGCCGGAUAUUGCUUUGUAAUGCGAAUUUGUUUUGGCUUCAAGGCAAAUACAAACGCCUGCCUUGAUCUAUUACCCAGGUAUGGGUGUCACUCCUCUAAAGAUUUGCGUUUGAUUGAAAUGGGGGAGUCGCGGUAAAAGUUAGCGCUCGGCUGUCAAACGGGAGAAAGAUCACCUUUUUGAAUGUAAACAAAAGCCGCAAUUUAUCAGGGAAAUUAGAUGCGGCUGCUGGGCAAAAGUUUUCGAAUAUUUACACGGAUUAGUUUUUGAAGAGCGUUUGCUCUUGCGCGCUGAGAAAAUAAGACACUACAGAGGUCAGGAAGAAAGUUUUUCUCGAGUAGCUUUGACAUCGCAAAACGCUUCAGGGCAUUACCAUGGAAUCAAAAGAUACGCAAGUGAUUCAAAACGAAACCGUACCAGCCAUUGAUAGCAAGAUGAACGAAGGGACAAGUCGGACAUCGAGGGUUCGCUUCUCCGCCAACCCAGACACCUUUAGCGAGGAGGAAGAAGCCGACAUCCGCCACAAACGUCUUCUUCGGUAUUGGUACAAGGGAGGACGAAGAUAUAGCGAGGCGGAAAAGGCGUUUUUGAGCCGAGUGAGAAUACCCUCUGUAGGACUGCUUAGUGACGGAGAAACAAAAGUAGGAUGGCUUAGAUUUUUUGACCCUGGAGGCGAUCGACUCUAUUACUGGCUUCUUAUAGUCUCGGUAGCAGUGGUGUACAAUUCAUGGGUGCUUAUAUUAAGGACCUCAUUCCCCGAACUCCACAAGAGACGUGAGAUUGUUUGGAUGGUCAUCGAUUAUCUCUGUGACAUUAUUUACGUCCUCGACUUUUUCGUGAGUUCUAGAACAGGUUACAUGGAGGACGGCAUCAUGCAAAAGGACAUACAAAAAAUGCGGAAGCAUUAUGUACACACGAGGGCGUUUUAUUUAGACGCCAUGUCCGUCGUCCCGCUAGACAUUGCGUAUUUUUUCAUCGAGCGUGAGCCCGCGAUACGUAUGAACCGCCUUAUUAAGUACCAUCGGUUUUGGCAUUUUCUUGACCGCACAGAAAGUCGGACAAGCUAUCCAAACCUAUUCAGACUAGCGUCCUUGAUGCAGUUUAUUCUCGUCAUAAUCCACUGGAACGCUUGCAUUUAUUUUAUAGUGUCACGAAAGAUCGGAUUUGGAUCGGACUCGUGGGUUUACCCCGGAAUUAAAGAAGGCGGGGGGAACUUAACAGACUUACACAUGUCUCUGACGAGGAAAUAUAUAUAUUCUUUUUAUUGGUCGACUCUGACGUUGACGACGAUUGGCGAGGUUCCGCCCCCGCAUUCUAACGAGGAGUAUCUUAUUGUCACAAUCGACUACUUGAUAGGUGUUCUACUUUUCGCCACCAUCGUAGGAAAUGUAGGCAGUAUUAUCACAAACCAGAACGCUGGCAAAGUGGAUUUCCAAAAUAAAAUGGACGGAAUAAAAUCCUACAUGCGAUUCCACAAGAUUCCGCAACAUCUUCAGCAACGAGUAAUCAAGUGGUUUGAUUAUCUGUGGAUGAACAAGAAACACCCGGACGAAGAAGAAUUACUGCAGUCAUUACCCGAUAAAUUAAGGGCAGAGCUGGCCAUUCAUGUUCAUUUAGAUUCACUGAGAAAGGUUGAAAUAUUUCAGGAUUGUGAAGCGGGAUUUCUAAGCGAGCUGGUCUUGCGUCUUCGUCCACAAUUAUUUUCGCCAGGGGAUUACGUCUGCAGGAAAGGAGAAGUGGGCAGAGAAAUGUACAUUGUAAACAGAGGCAAAUUGGAGGUAGUGUCUGAGACCGGAACCAAAGUUUAUGCCGUGUUAGAGGCCGGAAGUUACUUCGGCGAGAUCAGCGUGUUGUGUAUGAGCGCCGCCGGGAACCGUCGAACAGCUUCGGUUCGUUCCGUCGGCUACUCGGAAUUAUUCUGCUUGUCGAAACAUGAUCUCAUGGAAGUACUCGACGAGUACCCUGAGAUAAAAACUAAGAUCGAGAGUAUUGCUAAGCAGCGUUUAGAGAAUGACAAGCGUCGAACAAGCGUGCUUCUGUCCAACAAACACGACAAAAACAGGACUAACGAGAAUUGUUCCGACACGGAGCCGAGGGUGAAGAGCAGAGCUUUCGCCAAACUGGAGGAGAGGAUUGUGGUCCUUGAGAGAGAGCGAGACAACAUUUUGGAGGAAAUGAAACGACAACGAGAAGAGUUUUCCAACAGACUAGCUGACCUUGAAACCUCCGUGGCGCAGCUAUCAAGGGAACGUGUAAGACCUACCUCAAGAUCGUUUGAUUUUGUUUGGAAAAGAAGAUAACUGCGAGUCUUGGGAGGUCCCCGGUCAGUUAUAGCUGUCUUCUACGAGGUGUUUCCUUCCAACUCUGGCAAUGAAAAAAUUUGUUUUCGCUUCACACAAGCAUCAAAGUCAGUAACAUAAAUGACUCUAUGAAGAUGUUGCCGCGACCAUUGUUCAGAUACUACACGAAGUGCUCUCAACUGAAAUAACUUCUGUUUUGCGGCCAGUUUUCAACUAUUCGGGCGAGGUACUCCUAUGCACAUUACCAGAAUUGGAAGUUGGGAAAUUUCGCUUGUUGUAUUAUACCUAAUCGUACCUCUUUGGUACGCUUCGGUGGCAUGUCAGGCGACUUUGAUCGAACCAUGGUUCGUAAUUAAAAAUACCCAUAGCGAGACCAAACGAGGCUGUCGAGUGCCGCCGAAGCGAACUAAAAACGGUACGAUUAGAUAUGUAUCGCAGGAUAUCAAGACAGCAGACACGGCUUCUGAUUGGCUAAUUGCGAAUUUGGGUACGAUAAGUUCCAGAAAAUCAGAUAGAUAAAGCGAGACGAAAAAUUACCUUGACGUAUGGACUUUCGCUGGUUUUCAAUUAAGCGCUUGCUUUCGAAGACUUUUUAUUCCCUUGUGUGUUCGUUCGUAUCAUUAUAUAAGAGUGCGAGUAAAUAUUCAAGAUGUCAGAUAUUAGUCCAGUCUUCACACCAUGCUAAAAAUCUUGCUUUCAAACAAAGUAAAAACAUAUUCCUUUUACGCCUACGCCUUUGCGUCUGAGAAAGUAAUUAUAUGAAUCUUUAUAGACGUUCGCAUUGCAGAAAAAUAAUCUAACGUGUGCAAUCGAUUUUGCAGGGAUUACCCGGCUGUAAAUUGAUAGAUUUUCUAGUGCUUUAGCAAGUUUAACCCCUCCCUGGUCAGGAGUUAAUACGGUGUAAAUUUCACCAAUAAUAGUUUUAGGUCCCUAUUUACGUGCGCCUGCGCGUUCAUUGCUUUCGGAUCUGACCACGAAAACAAUAACGUGAAAACCCUCUGGAAAUUAAUUAAAAUAACUUUUAAAUACUUGAAAUGAUGGAAAAUCUUUGCCUUCGAAAAUAAUUCAGAAAAAAAAGACAAGAAUCUUAUAUAAACUGAAAAGCUGGAAUUUUCAGUUGCCAGCAAAAAUCAUGUCAGAUGCGAAAAAAAUAUCUUUGGUUAGUUUACACAUAUAAUAGGCUUUAAUAAAGAUGUAUUAAUCUUAUCUUUACAUUCUGUUGAAUUUGAAUGCUGUUGUGUUUUAACAGAUUGAGAAGCCAGGAAAUACGCGCGCCUUAAAGUGCCACAACUCCAACCAAGGCCAUCCGACAAAAUUUUCCACAGGAGGAGGUUAACAAUAGUUUUCCAACAAAUUAUCCAUGUACUCAAGCUGUUCAUUACAAAGGCAACAGAUUUGUGGUCAUUUUUAAUUAGAUAAUCUGUUGGAAAACUACUGUUAACCUCCACCAGUUUUAAUCGUUAAUUUGUAGAACAUUUUGUCGGCUGGCCUUUGUUAGUGUAAUCGCACUGUAAGUGGUGUCAAUCAAAUAUAAUUAAUCAAACAAAAUGCACGAGCAACGGUCCAUUCAACCAAAAAUUCUGGAACUUUCAAAACAGGGCGAAAUGGUAUUAAAAAAAUUCUUGGGAAAGUUUCCGGAAAAACCUAAAAAAUUGUUAAAUUCCCCAAAUUCGAAUCACUCAAAAGGAAAGCCCAAAAAUUCCAAAGGAAAUUCAUAAGGAACGGAAAUUUUCGGUUCAAAAUGUUUGGUUGAAAAAUUUGGGUGUAGCUUGAAGGUCGUCCACCAUAAAUCUGGGAAAAUACUAUUUCAAUCCCUUACCGGGAGAAGCCCAUGAAUUCUGGGCAUGAGGCUGUGUCUACAGAACUGUAGAAUCAGUAAUGUUUUGCUUUCUUGCUUUCUUCCAAACUCCGAUUCAUUACUACGGAAAAUUAUAUCCAUUUUUACUUGCAACGUUUUACAACUUUAUUGGCAUGGCAGUAAAUUUUGAAUCACCCUAUCCGAUAUUAAUGUACAGUAUCUUACAAAUAUUGUAAUAUUUAACAUUUGACUCCGUGCCGUACAUUAUACACACGAUCUACAUUACAUGUAAGUCAGAUGGACGCAAAUUGAAAAAAUAUCACAAAGGAUAUUUUCAGCUGGUUUUUAGCCCGCGCUGUGUCUUGGUAGCUGUUAUCGUUGUCACGUCAACCAAUUAGUAAAAAGUGUUGCGUGAUAAGCCUAUUAGUGGCUGAGAGAAGAGACUGGCGGUUUGUAAUCUUAAUUUAAAAGCAACUUUAAUUUAAUCAAAUUUGAUUUAAUUAAUUCCCUGUGAAGUUAUAGUUGAACCUCGCUAUUUGGAACUCUCAGGGGAGACAAAAAAUAGUUCGAAAUAGCGGGAGUUCGAAAUACCCAAUAGUAAAUGACUGAAGGGCAAAUCC